UCCAUUUCGUUGCGGACACUUGGAGUUGCGCAGCGCACUGGACGGUCCGCCCGCUGCUUACCGGGUUACUCUUAAACUCCGCUUAAAAUUUCUCUGCUUGGGUGAAGUUUAUUUUCCGCCGACAGGAUGAACGUAGGAAUGGCGGAGAGCUGCUUUCUGUCCGCCCUGCAGCCCAACUCCUCCUGCACCGCCUAUGUGGUCCCCUCGGACGGCCCGUCUCCGGACCCGGUGGCGAAAGCUCGGAGGGUCCGGGAGCAGGUCCGGAUGCGGCUGGCUGAGAGAAAGUCUUCCUCCCUGACCAGACUGGACGGAUCAACAGGGUUAAACACUGCAGAAAGCCUUCAAACCAGCACAAUGCCAGGAACCAGCUCUGCACACAGUCCUGUUUUUCUUAAAGAUUAUAACCCUCCCGAGAUGAAGAGCUACAGCCACACUCAUGGUUUCAGCUCCAGAUCAAUGAUAAACACACCCAGUCGUGUCAUUGCUGUGCCCACUGUGCCUCUUCCUGCCUCUGGGUUCUCAUCUCGCUCUGCUGCGGAAACCACUUCCAGGGUGACCCACAAAGGGAUGGGCGUGGUCCAGAGCAGCUCCCACACCUCCCAGCUGUACAGCAGAAACCGACGUUCUAAGUCACUGAGCCAGGGCGACCAGGAGGCAUUCCCUCUCGCUUCACCCGUCCGUCCCGAGAAUGCCUCGCUCACUCUCCCUGCGCCUCCACCUGGCACCCUGAGGCGCAGUCUCAGUGGGAUUCUGGCCCAAGAGAAAGGCUACUGGCAUGAGGAGGAGCUUCCGCAGCAGUACACCUACAAGGGGCCCUCCCACCGCACCAUCAGCCGCAUCACCAACAGACAGCAGCAAUACCAGCAGCAUCAGCAGAGCUCCAGCUACGGCCAGGAGGGCUGGAUGGGGAAUGGCAAGGGGAUCCCUGCUGGAGGGGACACUUGGGGAACACAGUGGCACCAACAGCACCACCACCAGCAGCAGCAGCAGCAGCACGUGUCCAGAACGUCUGCUAAUCUGCACCGUGCCGCCUCGCUCCGCAGCCUGAGGAGUGUCGGGAAAGGAGUGGACGUCUUCGAUGGAGCGUCAGUCCACAGCAACGACCCGCUGGGAGAGAUGCACAGUCUGGACAUGCCCACAGCCGUCAGAUAUCUGUCCGAGGCAGACGCUAAUUUGAAAGUUGUUGGAGCUGCAUUCAUUCAGCAUCAGUGUUACCACAGCAGUGACGCCAAAAACCAGGUCCGAGCUCUGCAAGGUGUUCCAGCUCUGGUGCGCCUUUUCUCCAGUGACAACCAAGAAGUGAAGCGUUACGCUACCGCUGCCACGAGGAACCUCAUCUAUGAGAACGCUGAGAACAAGGCGGCCCUCAUCGACGCCGGCGGGCUGGCACCUCUUGUGAGCAUCCUGAACGAACCUGAUGAGGAGCUGCGAAAGACUAUCACAGGCGUCCUGUGGAAUCUGUCCUCCAGAGAUAACCUGAAGGAGAAGCUGUGCAGAGAAGCUUUACCUGUGCUGACACAGAAAGUUCUGAUUCCUCUGUGCAGGAGCAUCCCACUGAGUCCAUCAGAGAGAGACAUCUUUAACAACACCACCGGCUGCCUCAGGAACUUGAGUUCCACGAAUGAGAGAACGAGGCAGAAGAUGAGAGACACGCCCGGCCUCGUGGACUCUCUGGUGACCUACAUCCAGCAGGCAGACCAGGCAGAUGAGAAGGGUUUGGAGAAUUCCCUGUGUGUGAUGAGAAAUCUGUCCUAUCAGCUGUACUCGGAGCUCCCCCCCUCAGUCCAGCUCCGCCUGGAGGGCCCGUCGAGAGCUUCCGCCAACAGGGACAUCGAGACCAUCGGCUGCUUCACUCUGUACAACAAGAAGAACGUGGAGCAGCGUCACCAGAACCUGCCCACCCUGUCUCAGCCUAAAGGGUCUGAGUGGCUGUGGCACCCAAAGGUGGUGGGGCUCUACAAACUCAUCCUGCAGAACAGCGACAGCAGCUCCUGCAGCCGUGAGGCUGCCACAGGAGCCCUGCAGAACAUCACCGCGGGAGAGGCCAGGUGGGCAUCAGUGCUGAGCAUGGUGAUCAUAGAGAAGGAGAGGAUGCUUCCCGUCCUCCUGGAUCGGUUGGACACCAACAGUGACAUGGAGCUGAGGCCCCUGACCGGCCUGCUGAGAAAUCUGGCUCGACACUCCGUGGACAAACAGCACAUGGCCAAGAACAUGGUGGGGCUUCUGGUGUCCAAGCUGCCCGCAGACGGCCUUCAGAAAACGCCGUCGAGCGAGGUGGUGGUCAACAUCUGUGGAGCCCUCAACCACCUGGUUACCUGCAGCUCCUCGGCAGCCCGCGACAUCUGUUACUUCAAUGGCAUCCCCAAGCUGGUGGGCAUCAAGACGUCCCACGAUAACAGCUCUGGGAGUCAAAAAGCUGCCCGAGCGGCCUCGACCGUCCUCUGCAACAUGUUCCAGUACAACAAGCUGCACCGAGACUACAGACUGAAAGGAUUCGUCAAACGAGACUUUGCAGAUGGAUCCUUCUAGGCUGCAGCUUUUGACCUCUGGAUGAAGAGUGAAGAGGGUUUAAUGAGCUCCUAAUCUGACUGUAACCAACUUCCAGGAAGAGAAUACUGAAUGUGAGCCCUUUCAGCAGCUCUGUGUUUGUCUUGGCUCAGACUGCAGCAGAAAGUCUGAUAUCGGGAAGCCCCACAGGCCCUCUGUGUUUCUGACAGUGACUCAGACUUCAUUUAGUACACACUGAUGUAAGAGUCCUGCUAUAGAUAGAUGAGAUCUUAGUGUUAUAUGCAGUUUAACUUUGUACUGUUUUGUCUGGUGAUGCGUUCAUUUACUGUUGUAAAGACUGAUGUAUCUUUGAAGAGUGGUGUGUUCACUGAUGUAUGUAACGUUUGUUCACAUCAAACACGAAGCCCGGUUUCACCUCCGGUUACUCGUGUGACUGCAGUCGUUGGAAACCCACGAAUAUCACUGAGCACAGGACGAGGCUGAUGCUCAGAGUCCGGUUACACUGACACAUUUUAACAGUUUCAGGACAGGUUUGGUCAGUUUCCUCUCUUUCUAAAAGUGAGGCCGAUGAUUCGGUCAGCUCCACCCGCCCACAGACAGCAUCCACACGUUGGUGGUGAAGGAGAAUUACGGCUCUGUGAAUACGGAUUUGCCUCCAUUUACGUCACCCAGCGUGACUUCGCCUCAUUACACGAACUCUGUAUGAAAUCACGUGCUGUGUUUGGUGUGAACACAAUGUUAAUGUGCAGCAGGUGACCGCAGGGUCGUUUUUUAAUCCAAGAGGUACCAUUUCCAGAAACUCAAAGAUAUUACAUUUGAAAUGAAGUCUCAUAGAUCUAUUGUGGCAGCCCCCGGUGACCUGGUGUUUAAAGGUAAAAGGAUGAUUCUGGUUUAUUUUCACCUGCUGUGGCCUCAGAGGCUCAGGCUGACUCUCCACCUCUGAGAUGGGAGAAAGUGAGGACAUGACAGCAUGCAUGGUGUGAAGGGGGGUUUUGGAAA